UUAGCAGUCAGCCCUGCUGCCUUGUGAAAGAAGCCCAAAUGCCCCCAGACUGCCGCUGUCUCGUCGGCCUGGACCUGCUCUCGUCUUCGGGCCUCCUCCGCUGAGAGAAUGAAAGGAUGGCCGACGUGCUGACGGAUGCUGCGGCAGCAGCAGCAGCGACUCGCCGGGCUGAACGGAAGCACCAUGACGAGAUGAAUCCACCGGAGGAUGCCGAGGACCUGUCUCUGGAGGAGAUACUGAGGCUUUACAGCCAGCCCAUCAACGAGGAGCAGGCAUGGGCGGUGUGUUACCAGUGCUGCCAGACGCUGGCGAAGACCCACAGGGGUAAAGGGAGCCCUGCUGCCGCCGCCGCCGCCGGAGCGUCCUCGGUGGCGGCGGCGGCUCCGCGGAGGAUAUCUGGACCGGGGGAUGUUAGGAUACAGAAAGACGGCUCGGUGAGGAUGGAGCAGCACGGCUGUGAAGGUAAACGCAGCCCUUGCACAACAACUGAGGUCAUUGAGUCCCUGGGCAUCAUGAUCUACAAGGCUCUGGACUUCGGUCUGAAGGAAAACGAGGAGAGGGAACUCAGUCCUCCGCUGGAGCAGCUCAUCGACCUCAUGACCAACUCGGCCGAGGCCGAGAAGGAGGCCUGCCUGGACGAAGGCUACGAGGCCACAGAAGAAGAGGACGAAACGGACGAUGGCCAUCGGAGCAUCUGCAGCGUUCACAGCUACAGAGAUAUCCUGAAGCUGUGCACGGCCCAUCUUCCCAGCGUGUCGGACGCUCCGAGUCACUACCAGGCAGUGUGCCGAGCUCUGUACACAGAAACCAGGGAGCUGCGCACCUUCCUGGAGAAGAUCAAGAGUGCCAAAGAGAACCUCCGAAAGAUGGAGAAGGAAACCUCAGAGGAGCCGGGCCGAGACCUCAACGAGCUGCAGAACGCCGACUGGGCUCGAUUCUGGGUGCAGGUGAUGAGGGACCUGCGUGAAGGAGUGAAGCUGAAGAAGGUACAGGAGCGUCAGUACAACCCUCUGCCGAUCGAGUACCAGCUUACUCCUUAUGAGAUGCUCAUGGACGACAUCAGGUCCAAACGCUACAAGCUGCGCAAAGUCAUGGUUAAUGGAGACAUCCCACCGAGGUUAAAGAAAAGCGCUCAUGAAGUCAUCCUGGAGUUCAUCAGGUCCAGACCGCCACUUAAUCCUGUGUCGGCUCGUAAGCUGAAGCCUCAGACUCAGCCUCCACCGACCCUGCAUGAGCGGAUCCUGGAGGAGAUCAAGGCUGAGAGGAAGCUCCGCCCGGUUUCACCCGACCAGAUCCGGAGAGGACGUCUGGGUUUUGGCAAAACUCGCAGUAUGCCUCAGGAUUUGUUCCGUACAGGAGUAGAUGAGUUCAGUCCGUACAUGGGCAGGAGGACGUCCAGUUCUCUGUCUCUGACCAACGGGUCGCGCUCUCCCAGAGUAGAGUCCUCCGGUUCUCAGUCCGUCCCUCAGAGGAAGAAACUCCUGAAGGCGCCCAGCCUGGCUGAGCUGGACAGCUCCGACUCUGAUGAUGAGUUGUUUGGACGCACAUCGGCAAGCAACUCCAGUGUGGCAACGUCUUUGAUGGAUGACACGUCCCCAGAGUCUGCAUUGGGAAAGAAAACCCCUCCCAUGUUCCUGCCCAUCUCCUCCACACCUCAGCCGGAGAGGCGUCAGACCCCUCAGAGGAGACACUCCAUCGAGAAGGAAACGCCCACCAGCGUCCGACAGUUCCAGCCACCGUCCAAGCAGAACUCCAAGUCUCUGGAGGAGUUUUGUUUCCCUGUGGAGUGCCUGUCUCUGACGGUGGAGGAAGUGAUGCAUAUCAGACAGGUGCUGGUGAAAGCAGAACUGGAGAAGUUCCAGCAGUACAAAGAAAUUUACAACGCCAUGAAGAAGGGCAAGCUUUGCUUCUGCUGUCGAACCAAAAGGUUUUCCUUCUUCACCUGGUCCUAUACCUGCCAGUUCUGCAUAAAGCCUGUGUGUUCGCAGUGCUGCAAAAAGAUGCGGCUUCCAUCUAAACCGUAUUCCAGUCUCCCUAUCUACUCCAUCGGAUCCACCAACACUCUGCCCAGAGACAGAAUAAGUGCCAUGGCUGCCGUAGGACAAGGCCUCUCUGUGGCCGGAGGUCCGGGGCCGUCGAUGGCAGCGGGAGGGGCCGCUUCCAGCCCGACUUUGAAAGGAGCUACGAAGGCAGCAUCUAAAGGGGCUGGGAAAAGUACGGGAGCAGCUGCAGCUGCCAAGGCCGACAAACCGCCAGGGAGCCAACAGCGCCACAGUAUCCACAAGACCAUGUCCAAGCUCUCGAAGCACGGCUCUCUGAAGUCUCACGAGGAACUAGAGCUGCCCCCCGAGCUAACGGAGGACUGGGCCACCAUGGAGGUGUGUGUGGACUGCAAGAAGUUCAUCUCUGACAUUAUCGCCUCCAGCAAGCACAGCCUGUCGCUGGCCACCAAGAGGGCUCGCUUAAAACGCAAGACGCAGUCCUUCUACAUGUCGUCCCCUAAAGGGGCCGAGGGCUACAGGCCCUCGGAACGAACAAUCAACGAAAUCUGAAAGCGCUCAAGCUCGCCUGGGUCGCAGUGAGCGGUCAGAACGACUCACAUGAACUUUUAGAGACAAAGUUUUCCUUUCCUCCUCAUCAUGAACAGCAGCUCCAGCUAACUGCAUGUUGCAGGAACCGCCAGUCUUUUUCAGCCCCCUCUCCCUCGCCAACAUCUGAGUCUCACUCUGCUCUGCCCACAAACGGUCGACGUAAAAACAACCUGAGAGUCCGAGCGGACUGACGUCUCACCACUGAGGCCACAAGAGGGCAGUCCAGGUCAACUCAGAUUCAUUUUAAAGCACAAACCAGAGGAGGGAUUCUCUUCUAAACAGAGAGAAAGAGAGAGACGCUCAAGAAAACACAGAAUAUAAAGCUGUAUAUUUUAUAUGGGUUAUAAUUUAGUUUUUUACAUGUGUGUUUGGGUGUAUGCGUGUGCUCUGUAAAGGAUUGCUUCUGCAAAAAAAACAAAAAAAAAGGAAAAGCCACCUUCUAUUUUAGGUUUCCCCAAUGGACACAGCUCAGAGAGACAUAUCCUCACUGCUGCUGUCAGCCAACCUGAGAUCUCCGUUCUGCUUGUUUCUCUGGAGGAAACGCAAAGCGUUUCUGACAGAACCAGACAGAAACAACGUUUUCUUUUAAAUAUUCAUUUGUGCCAAAUAAUACUUUUUUUUUUUUUUUUAACAAACAAAAACCUUCGUUCUUGGCCUAUAAUUAAUCCACCUAUUCAUUGUCGCCUGCUUACUUAAGAUAAGAUGACAGAGAGAACAGUUUCUAGUGCAAAUAUCUUAGUGCAUUUGAAAUGAUAAAAACUAAAACAAAUAAGGUAAGAAAUAAGUGACUUUUCAGCUUGUUUUAAGUUAAUAAUUUCUUAAUAUUGAUUAAAAAAAGUACUAGUUCCACUGGCAGAUUAUUUCACUUAUUAUAUGGGGGAAAAUAUCUUAGGAAGAAGUAAUGAAAAAUGCAAGUGGAAUUAGUACUUUUUCAAAAAAAGAAAUAAAUAUGAAGGAAAUAUUUAUUUAAAAAUAGCUCCUCUAUCUUGCUGAAAUGUUAUUUCUAACUGACAUAUUUGCAUUAAAGACAAGACCAAAAAUAGUGUUUUUGCAGUGCAACUCUAUCAUGUAGUCCUACAACACAUCCCAGCUCAUUCUCAAAGCAAAACAGAUACACAGCUCCUCUAGUGACUUCCAGGUUCUGCUCAAAGGUCUCAUCUGAGUAAGAAGUCCAUCCCACAAAAUGAAACAACUUCAUGGACGACGACUUGAUCAGUUUACUGUCAUUGAUCAGAAGUAGAUCAGCUCCAGUCUGGGAUGAGGUGAUGGAGAUCCUCAGCCUAUCAGGAUGAAGCUCACCUCAGCCACUUUUAAUCUGGGCCCGUUUUUACUUUCUCAUGAGCAACAUUUACUACAUAUCUGCUAAAUGAAUUAUUUGUAUAUAAGAUCAUUUUGUCAGAACUUGGGUGUUUACCAACGGUUUAACAGUGCUGAGUGUUAUUUUGCUGUAACAGAACCACUGCUGAACUAUUGGGUCUCAGUGGCGACGUCCACACAGCAGGUCUUGAUGAUCAAUUUUGAUGUGUUUUUUUUUUUUUUUUUUGUUUUGUUUUGUUGAAAUCAGAUUUUUAUAACAAGACAAAGAAAGUACAACUAAUAGCAGUCCCCAUUUUGUGGAGCAUUGACUUCUUCUUUGGAGAAGUCUAUUUGGAUGCACAGUCAGAACCAAGAGUGAUGGUGAUGUGACUCAGAAAUGAUCAUUUCAUAAUUAGAAAUUUCUGCUAUUGUUUACAUCCAGAUUCAUGGCAUCUGUUUUCUCCUAGCGCAGAAUUAUGACGCAUAAAAGUCAGAUAAAAUGCAACGUGACUAUUCAGACUGCAGUCGACCUGUCUGGUCUAGCACCGCAUAUGGAAGUGGCACAGAUCCAAUUCCAAUAAUUCGGAAUUGGAUCUGUUUAGACUGCCAUGAAAAAGUUGGAUAUGAGUUGCAUUUUGGCAGGAAAAAAUUUUAGAUUUCGGUCACAUUCACCUAACACUUCUAAAAUCAGAAAUAGUCUUAAUAGAUACAAGUUGCUGAGUUUUUUAAUCAAUUUUAGUUUUUUUUUUAAUUUGCAUUUUUUUGGGUUUUUUUAUUGUUAUGAAUGACACAAACCACAAGUAUAAUCAAAAAUAGUCCCUAUUUUUUACACAUAAACCUUUCCAGAGGCUGUGAAGUUCUGACAUCAAUGCUGCUGUUCUGCAGAGAAAACCAUCUUUGCUUUUUUUCAUUCAAUUCAUCUUUGAAUAAUUUUCAUGUGAUACUUGCAUAUUUUUUUGCAUAAUCUCAAUUGUCUCGCGACACUAAUCAACAUAUAGUAACUCAUCUACUGUUCGUUCUCUUAACUUCUUGUGUUCCGAUGUUUGCAUCGUGUGAAGGUUAGUCAUAAUGAAACGCCUCAUCUGCAGAGGAGGAAACCCCAGUUCACUGUAUAAUUCACAGUCUGACUGUUUUAUGCACAGGACAUAACAUUUAAAAAUGCCUUCUCUGAUUUAUAAUCAUCAUCCGGAGUGGAAGGAGGUACAAUCUGCCUUCUGACCUGGACGUGUUCCUCAUCUACAUGAUAUACUUCUGCCUUACAAGCUGCCUUUCAUGAUCGCUCAUUCAUAGAAGAGUCACCCAGUGUCGGUGUACAUACUUUGUUUGUGAUGGUCUUGUGUGUGAGCGUGUAGAUCAGGUGGAUGUUGUCCCGGUGAGGACAACGCUUGACAGUGACACAGGUGAGGAGCUGCAUCUGGGAGCAGCACGGUGUGACAGGCAGCAGCAUGCAUGUACUCCAGGGUCGCCUGUUUCCUCGGUCUGUAACCUGUAACCUUUGACCUGUAACUACCUGCAGCGAACGACGACAAUAAACUGUAUAGCAAUA